GCAGGGAGGAGUAAAGGAGGACUUUGUCCACGGUGUCUCCGCUCAGAUGCAUCACCGCCCGGCUCUUUUAAUGGGGCAGCGCUGAACUUUAAAGUUCGGGGGGAAGCUUCUCCGAAGUGCGCUAAUGUGAGUUCUGAACACAAGGAGACAUGUCAGCCGCUCAAGGACUUCUAAACAGCGUCUUUUCCUGCUCGUCCCCUGCCUCCAAAGCCAUAACCAAACGCAGGCUACGCCAGACCCGGAGCCUAGACCCCGCCAUCAUCAGACACUGCGGCACCGGGAGCGAUGGAGCGGCAGCAGACGCAGGUGCGUCCGCCGAGCGCUUGGCUGUGAAGCCGGCUUUACGCACCAAGAUCCCGACCCUGAAGGAACCUAUAACCCCUUCCAUCUCCUCUCCUUCCAUACCUCUGGAUGUUUCCCCGUCCUCCAACUUCCACUUUGACUAUGAUGUGGUUAAGCGUGCCAAAAGGAAUACCGCCGGGGAUUUACCGUUUAUGGUGAGGGGAGCUGGUGCCGCUCCCUCAGGGAGCACCGGCACACUGUUUUCCCCGCGGAGGUGGCUACAGAAGAAAGUGCAGCCUUCCAGCUCUCACUCUUACGUCGUGUGGAAGUCAGAGGGGGAUUUCACCUGGAGCAGCUUGUCAGGGCGGAGCGUGCGUCUGAUGCCAGUUGCCAUCCAAAGCCUGUCGGAGCUGGAGAGGGCCCGGCUACAGGAAGUGGCCUUCACCCGUUUACACCAGGACUAUGACUUGGGAUGUCAGAUAACCAUGCCAAAAGAUGGACAGAAGAGGAAAAAGUCGCUGAGAAGGAAGUUGGACUCGCUCGCAAAAGAGAAAAGCAAAGACAAAGAAUUCAUACCCCAGGCCUUUAGUAUACCCCUGUCCCAGGUCAUCGCCAAUGACAGAGCUCACAGGCAGCGACAGGAUUCUUUUCGUCAGGACCCUCCACAGCGGGAGGAGCACAAAGACUCCUCAGACCUCGUAUCGUCCAUUUUACAGUUUGCCACCAAGCGGCCGUCCAACAAGGAGUUAUCCAGCAGUAACUCGUCGCUAAGUUCCACAUCGGAAACGGCUAAUGAGUCAACAUCACCUAACACCCCUGAAGCUGCCCCACGAGCACGCAGGAGGGGAGGCAUGUCAGUGGACUCCAUCACAGACCUAGACGACAACCAGUCCCGCUUGCUUGAGGCGCUGCAGCUCUCUCUGCCGGCUGAAACGCCGAGUAAAAAAGAGAAGCACAGGGACAAAAGGCUGAGCCUGAAUCCCAUUUACCGUCAGGUGCCCCGGGUCGUCGAUAGUUGCUGUCAGCACAUCGAAAAAUAUGGUUUGCACACUGUGGGGAUCUUUAGAGUUGGAAGCUCCAAGAAGAGAGUCCGACAGCUGCGAGAAGAGUUUGAUCGUGGCAUUGAUGUGCAGCUAGACGAGGAGUACAGUGUUCACGAUGUAGCUGCUCUGCUGAAGGAGUUCCUAAGGGAUUUGCCGGACCCUCUCCUAACCAAGGAGCUCUACACCGCCUUUAUUAACACCACAUUGUUGGACUCAUAUGAGCAGCAGAGUGUUGCUCAACUGCUGAUCUACCUUCUCCCAGCAUGCAAUAGUGACACACUUCACCGCCUGCUGGAGUUCCUGUCCACUGUGGCUGAUCAUGCCCAUGACCAGCAAGAUAAAGACGGGCAGGAGAUCACAGGGAACAAGAUGACAGCUUUAAACCUCGCCACCAUCUUUGGUCCCAACCUCCUCCACAAGCAGAAGAGCACAGACAAGGAGUUCACUGUCCAGAGCUCAGCCAGGGCCGAGGAGAGCACGGCCGUCAUCGCCGUGCUGGAGAAGAUGAUCGCCAGCUACCAAGCACUCUUCAUGGUUCCUCCUGAUCUGCAAAACGAAGUUUUAAUGAGCCUUUUGGAGACUGAUCCAGAUGUGGUCGACUACCUUCUGAGGAGAAAAGCAUCUCAGAGUCCAGACCUGUUACAGCCAGAGGAGCCCUUCGCCCUGAGCGAGCGUCAUUCGUCCAGCGACUCCAACAAGGCGUCGAGUGGUGAAGUGUCCCCUUAUGAUAACAACUCCCCGGUCCUGAGUGAGCGCAGAGGGGAACCAGGGAGCCCGGCCAGUGAGCAGCUCUACCGCGUCCCAGAACAGUACUCUCUGGUGGGGCAGACCGGAGCUGUCACUUGGGGUUAUAAAGAAGAACAUGCUAACAUUUGGGGCACAUGGCACAGUACUCUGAAAUCGGCACUCAAGAAUCAAACACAUACAGGUUCCCAUAGCAACAUGUCAGAAGGAAGCUCCCGCAGCUCACAGGAAGGUCUCGAUGGACUCCAUAGUGAUAGCAGGCAUCAGACAGCAGUACAACGGACUCAGACAACGCCUGACAUCUCCGAGUGCAGACUCCACCCACCGGUCACCAGAGUGUGCACCAACCCUCACGCGGACAAGGGGCGACCACGCCUGCAGCUGAACAUAAACCCUCCUGUGACUUCGCAAAGGGGACAUGGAGUUAACUCGACCCUCAGGCCUCAAGCCGGAGUGAACACCGGAGAAGGCGGCCCCCUCGAUGGACGCUCUCCUCCCCCUUAUAAUGCGCAUCAUCGACUGGCUAGCUCACAAAGUACCCCUCAGCUUGCGACGGCUCAGCAGCCACACAGGAGGUCGAGCGCAGGGCAGAGCAACUCGGCUUCAACAACAGAAGCCCCGGUGGUCUCACAGAGUCCAGAGUGGCAGGAGUGGCAGAGGGACCGGUGGCAGAUAUGGCAACUGCUAUCCUCGGACAAUGCUGACACACUGCCAGAAACUCUGGUGUGAUUUCAGACAAUGUACUCUGACAAAGACAAUAUCAAACCCCUCCAAUGACAAUCACUCCUUAUCCCUAUCCUUUCCCUUUUAUUUCUGCUGCUCUCUCAUCCAUUCAUUCACUGAUUUCCUGCUUUCUAUGAACAUCAUGUGCUGUCCUGCAACUUAGCGCCGUGGCGUUGUUGUUUACGUGUGCUGCCUCCAACAGACUUUUACAUCCAGGAGCCACUAGUAUUUGUUGAUCUGUACGGAUGUUAAAAAAGUUGCUCAAUUUCCUGGCCCAUAUAUUAUGUCAACAUUUAGUUAGGAGCAUUUUUUAAAAAUGCCUACCCGAAAUACCUCAAAAAAUCCGUUCAGAAUAUUACCAGAUUUUCUAUUUUGAGCAACGCCAGUCUUCAUAUCUCAAUGGAGAAUAUUAGGAAAACAUUUUUUAAGUUUUUUACAUUUUAAUUUCAUCAUUUUUACAUUGGUCACCACAUACUAAGAUGUACGCGUUAGUAACUGCUGCUAAUUACAGACUUGUUGUGUGUAUACUAAUGAUGUAAUUCAGCGGCAUCUUUCUGAAAAGAUCAAAUGUUGAGUUGCUUUUUGAUGUCAGAUUACCUUUGACUGUAUAUAUAUAUGUAUAUGAAUACACAAAUUGUCGACAGACGUGCUUAAAUAUUAUAUGUAAAGUGUAUAAUUUGCCUAAAAGUAUCUACCUAAAUGUAAGUCAGCCCCUUAAUCGGCAGUCCAGAUGUUGGUGUUUGUCAGACUGCUGUUUCUGUCUUUGAUAUUGAAUGUAAAAUGCUUCACUUGCAGUAAGACGCUUAAACCUAAUUAUGAAGCAAUCUGCUGUAAGUUUGCUUGUGCUCUCGCCACCUGCUGCACUGCAGAAACAAUGUGCCAAAGUAUCGCUCUCUCUCUCUCUUUAAACUAAAGGAUCAUUGUUGUUCAGUUGUGUUCAUUCCAUCCAUUUGGUUAUUUCUAGUAAGACUCAAGAGUUAAGUUACUGGCAUUUUUAUCAAGAAUGUCAUAUUUUAGUACAAAACAUAAACUGUAAAUAAUAGAUGGAAGUAGCCACUAGCUCUGAAAUCCUCCAGGUUAGCAUUUUUGCCAAAACUGGACAUUAUGAAUAAAGAUGGGAUCUGAUUGAAACUGAGGGAAAGCACACGCUCACUGAGGUGUUAUCGUUACUGACAGGUCAUCAGAACAGGGACAGGGCAUGACUCUAGUAAGUACCAUAAUUAAUGAACUGGGCAUCGUGCUUCAUUAAGAAUGACUUGAAACUAGCAAAUGAGCCCAUAAACUAGAAAAGUGUUUACUGAGCCCACAGAUCAAAGGAGCCGAAGGGUGUUUUACCCACUGACUUCCAUACAGUUUUAAAUUACUUUGAAUCAAGCACUAUCGCCCCCUGUUGGCCAUUAAAAUGAAACUUGUGCACUGGUUUUAUAUUUCAGAAGCUUUUAUCGAAGUCUGCGGUACUGAAACAGGAAUUUGUUGUCAUAUUUCCAUUCCUAAAACUGCUAAAUUAGAAUUAUGUAUUAAUCAACAUUUAAACCUUUUUGUGGAUAUUUAUUACAUUUUUUCCGAUACAAAAACUGUACACGUCAGUCAGAGCUAGGUUUAAGUGUUUUCUGAGAAUUUCUUAGCCAUGUAGAAUCAGAAGGUUGAAUCUGGAAGUGUUUAAUUUGUUGAAAUUUGCCAUCAUUACAAAUAUUUCACAGAGCAGAUGUUGUCUUUUUAUUCUCCAAAAUAUUCUUAAAACUUGCAAUUUAUUGUAUUAUUUGAUUUGGAUUUCUGCUUAAAGUGUUGCUUAGAUCAUAACAUGAUCAAAAAGUCAUUGGUGCAAGCUGGAUAUCCCAGCUAGGUAUAAACUCAUUUCCUGUGUACUAGCAAUGAUGUGUUUUUCCAGGAAUCCUAAAAAGAAAUUAUGAUGCUUUUGUGGUCCAAGUGUUAUGCUGGAAAAAAAAAGCUUUCAUGUGAUGCUUUCUCACUUCUGUUUGGCACUGCUGUUGCUAAUUAAGGUGGAAGGCAACUUUCUGAAUAUCUGUUUUUAUAAUAAUCUGCACCCACAGCCAACCUGUCCAACUCUUCUCAAAUGUCGUAGUCAAGUGGGUAUUUGCUGGCAAAUAUUUCACAUUUUCUCAUCUUAAGGUGUAAUAUUUGCUUAUAUGGAGCCACUUCAGCAUUAAAUAGGAAGGUGGACUAUGAAUCAUUUGACAUUUUAUUUUCUUAAAUUUUGACAAGUCAAUGGAAAUGAGCCUCUCACACGUGCAAGAAAUGCACGAAUUGUGGAAAGGCCUAUGGCGCCAUCUGUUGACAGACUCUGCACGUUAGCCUGUUGCUGCUCUUACAGUUCACCAUUUCCAUGGGAAUCCAUCUAUCCAUCAAUACUCAGUUUAAAAUCAAAGCUUGUGAUUAUAUUUUUGUGAAAACAUGCAAAUCUAUGUCAGGAAAUAAACGUGCCAUAGGUCUUGCUCUUUAAAGCUGUUUCUCCAUGCAGUGCUUAAGGUUCAUUGUGAAUUCUUCUGUAUUAUUUUAUUUUCUGUUGAGUGUUGUAAUAUCAAAAUACAAUAUAACAAGUUUUAUUCAGAAAAGAGGCAGUUGUUCGGUAACCACCAUGGUCUUGGCUUUCCCAGAUCGAGAUGUUUGUCUUGUCGAUGUCACGUUGAAACUCCAAGAAACGUUGUGCUGUUGUGUUCUGUUUUUAUAUUUUGGCGGGGUUUACUGGGUCCAAGUUGUAAUGGAAUGUCUGGUAUUUGCUUUUGUACUGCGAGUCCUCAUCAGUAUGCUACAAUGGAAUUAAAUAUGACAAAGUUUA